AUGAAAGAUGCCUCAUUUUCUUGGAAAGAUAUUCCCUCUUUGUUUUCUCUCAAUCUCAAAAUAGUAAACGGUAACUUGGUUGGAGUGAAAGGUGCCAUCGGUGCUGGUAAGUCGACCUUACUAGCUGCCAUUCUCGGUGAGAUCAAUCUUGUCAGUGGAAAACUACAAUUAUGUGUUGAUUCUAUUUCGUACGCUCCACAAGCUGCGUGGAUAUUUGCAGACACUAUUCGAGCUAAUAUUCUUCUUGGCAAGCCAAUGAAUGAAGAACGUUACAAGAAUGUAAUUAAAGCAUGCUGUCUUGACAUCGACCUACAAAAUUUCGGUGAUGUUGGUGAUUUAUUGAUGAUUGGCGAUAGAGGUAUCAAUUUGAGUGGAGGACAAAAAGCUCGAAUAUCACUCGCUCGUGCUCUUUAUGCUGAUGCUGACUUAUAUUUACUCGAUGAUCCACUUGCAGCUGUUGAUCCAAAGGUGGCAAAGAGAAUUUUUGAUCAAUGCAUCGGUCCUCGUAGUCUCCUUCGUGGAAAGACUCGAAUAUUAGUUACACAUCAGACACAUUUCUUAGUUGAAUCAGAUCAACUUAUUCUCUUGACUAACGGUCACAUCGAUGAAUUAGAUAUUGAACAACGACCUGCAAUUGAGUCAUCGAAUGAUAUAUCCGAAACAGAUUCAUAUAACGACAAGGAGACGUAUUGGACACUUAAUACUGCACCAGCUGAUAUGAGCUCGAUUGUAAAGAGUGAAACAUCAGUUGACGGUACCACCAAAUGGAGUGUUUGGCUACAAUUGUUCACUUCAUCACCUUUACGUUGUUUUGGUUUUUUUCUUAUGAUAAUUUUGAUGCUUGGUAACGAAGCUCUGUACGAUUUUACAAAUACGUGGCUCUCUGUGUGGUCUGGUAAAGAUGAAACUGAACAACGAUCAUCAUUUUAUGCUUACGUCUAUCUUGGAGUUAUAGUUUCUACGUUGAUUGUUGCAGUAAUACGUAUUAGUUAUAUAUUCUAUAUCAUGUUGUGUGGUUCGACCUAUUUUCACAAUCGAAUGCUCAAAGGUAUCUUGUACACUUCGUUGCGUUUCUUUGAAAGUAAUCCAAGUGGAAGAAUAUUGAAUCGAGCAAGCAAAGAUCAACAAGUCUUAGAUGAAUCGUUAACUCUUGCUUUAAUUGAUACUAUGCAAUAUCUUCUAAUGACUCUCGGCGCUCUCACAGUCAUUGGAAUAGCCAAUCCAUGGGUGCUUCUAGUUCUCAUCCCUUCGAUUCCCACAGUUUUGUGGCUUCGCAGAUUUUAUAUGCGUUCGAGUCUUCAACUCAAACGACUCGAAAGUAUAACACGUAGUCCAAUUUAUGCAUUGUUCUCAUCGUCAUUAGAUGGACUCACUAGUAUUCGUGCGUUUAAUGUUCAAGAUGACUUUUUGAAUAUGUUCAUGGAAAGAAUCGAUACCAAUUCACGAUCUUACUUUAUUCUCUUUGCAGCUGCACGUUGGUUCGGUUUACGGCUCGAUCUUAUUACAUUUGUAGUCACUUUAGUUACUGCUAUUCUUGCAGUAGCAUUGCGUCAUCAAAUAGAUCCAUCAUCAGCAGCACUCAGUAUCAGCUAUUGUAUCACUUUAAUAGGUCUGUUUCAAUGGGCAAUACGACAAUCAGCUGAAGCUGAAAAUUUCAUGACCAGUGCAGAACGCAUUCAUGAAUAUGGUCAACUAGUACCAGAAAGCUAUCAGAACAGUCAUGAAAACGGUGUACACAUUCAACCACCAGAUGAUUGGCCUUCACGUGGUAUCAUCGAAUUUAAAGACUAUACUCUUCGCUAUCGACCAGAACUCGAUCCUGUGCUCAAAAACCUUAAUCUACGAAUUGAAUCCAAGGAAAAGAUUGGAAUUAUUGGUCGGACAGGUGCCGGAAAAUCAUCACUUCUUCAAGCUCUCUUUCGACUUGUAGAUCAGUCAGCAAUCGACGGAACUAUUCUCGUCGAUGACAUCGAUAUUGGACGUCUGUCACUUGAUCAUCUUCGUUCUCAUCUAAGUGUUAUUCCACAAGUACCGAUACUAUUUUGUGGCACACUCCGAUAUAAUAUUGAUCCAUUCGAACAAUUCUCAGAUGAAGAAUGUUUCGCAGCACUUGAAGCUGUUCAGCUCAAAAAAUUGGUGCGUAAUCAUCCAGAUGGACUUCAUCUGUUAAUAACUGAGUCUGGUACUAAUUUGAGUGCUGGUGAACGCCAACUGGUUUGUGUAGCUCGAGCCAUUCUAAAGAGGAGUCACAUAUUGCUUGUUGAUGAGGCUACAGCAAAUGUUGAUCAUACGACCGAUAGAAUGCUUCAAGAAGUGAUUGCUGACAAGUUUCGUGAUCGUACCAUAUUAACAAUUGCACAUCGAUUGAAUACAGUAGCCAAUAGUAAUCGUAUUCUAAUGUUGCAAAAGGGAGAAGUAGUCUAUUUCGAUGUUCCCAAUAAUAUCGAUUUAUUUCAAAGUGAUGCACAAAAUUAA